AUGAAGAGACACAAGUCCGCUGUCGGUCCCUUCGCUCCUCCUGCUCCGGGCUCUUCAACAGUCAGACUGGUCGAGAAGGGUACUCUGGUCCAGAUCAAGGGGACCGGGGCUUCCGGCUCCUUCAAGAUGAACAAGAAUGCUGCCGACACUAAGGCUACGAAGCCGGUCAAGAAAGUCGCUCCUGCAGCCAAGAAGCCCGCAGCCAAGAAAGCUGUAGCGGUCAAAAAGCCCGCGGCAGCAGCAAAGAAGUCUCCGAAGAAGGCGAAGAAACCCGUAACAGCCAAGAAAGUAGCCAAGAGCCCCAAGAAGGUCGUCAAGAGCCCGAAGAAGGUCGUCAAGAAGGUUGCAAAGAGCCCCAAGAAGGUGGUGAAAAAGGCCCCAGCGAAGAGGGUCGUCAAACCCAAAGCGAAGAAAGCAGCACCCAAGAAGAAGUGA